GGUAAAGCCCGCGGUUGGAACCCAAAAUUGCCUCUCUCCCUCUCUCCCUCUCUCAUCUGCUUUUCCAUCUCCUUCUACCUGAGACUGCUUUAAUUCCACUUCUCUCUCUCUCUCUGCUGCAACCAUGUUGGUGUUUCUUGCAAAGCACCGCAUAAGCAGAUGCAGACCUCUCUUUCUUCUUCUUCUUCUCAUUUUCUCCCUUUCCGUUACCGCUUCAUCCGCUUGCUCCAACGGCAACUGCCAGGUUCUAGACUCGUGUGCUGCGGCCACCGACUGUGGGCCCGGGCUUUACUGUGGCAACUGCCCUUCGAUGGGUAAGAAUCAACCCAUUUGUACCAGAGGCCAAGCUACAAUACCCACUCCUGUAGUCGAUGGGUUGCCGUUCAACAAGUACUCAUGGCUUGUCACGCACAAUUCGUUUUCGAUUGUUGAUUUUCCGCAGUUGGCGGGUGUUCAGAGAAUUACGGUGUAUAAUCAAGAGGAUACUGUUACUAACCAAUUGAGAAAUGGAGUGAGAGGACUAAUGUUGGACAUGUAUGACUUCAACAACGAUAUCUGGCUCUGCCAUUCGUUUCGCGGACAGUGUUACAACUUCACCGCCUUUCAACCUGCAAUAAACACAUUGAAGGAAGUAGAAGCAUUCUUAGGCACAAAUCCGACUGAAAUCGUUACCGUUAUAAUUGAAGAUUAUGUGCAUACUCCAAAAGGCUUGACAAAAUUGUUCACUGAUGCGGGGUUAGUUAAGUACUGGUUUCCGGUAUCUAAGAUGCCAAAAAAGGGUCAAGAUUGGCCCACUGUUACUGAUAUGGUCCAACAAAACCACCGGUUACUGGUUUUCACUUCCGACUCCUCGAAGGAAGCUGGUGAAGGAAUUGCUUAUCAGUGGAGGUAUAUGGUUGAAAAUGAAUCUGGGGAUCCUGGUGUGGUGCAAGGCUCUUGCCCAAACAGAAAGGAAUCAAAGCCGCUCAAUUCGAGGAGCUCAUCUCUGUUUCUGCAGAAUUACUUCCCCACAUUCCCAGUUGAAGCUGAUGCUUGCAAAGAGAAUUCAGCUCCGCUUCUUGACAUGGUCGGGACAUGUUAUAAAGCAGCAGGCAAUGCAAUACCGAACUUUUUGGCAGUGAACUUUUACAUGAGAAGCGAUGGAGGAGGCGUUUUUGACGCUCUGGAUCGAAUGAAUGGUCAGGCAUUGUGUGGGUGUAGCUCAGUUUCUGCUUGUCAGGCAGGAGCACCUUUUGGAGUUUGCAAAAGCACUCCUGUAUCUAAUGGGACUCCACCAACCUAUGCUGCUCCUGCGGGAACUUUUUCCGGAUCUGUGCAGUUAACAGGAUCUGCUUCAACUGUUCACACCACUAGUCCCUUGGUUUUCUGCUUGUUUUAUUUCAUUUCAAUGUUUUUCAAAUUAUGACUAAUAUGGAUGUUUCUGGUAGAUGGUCAAUGAGCUACGCCCUUGAGUGUGGGGUUAUAGUGUCUUAGUACGUAAAUUUUGGAGUUAGAAUAGGAAGCCGCAAGCUUCCUUUGGGAAGUCAAGACAUGCUGGCUAGAUUUAUAAGGUAAGGUUAAAUAUGGGAGAGCUAUUUAAAGUAAUACCAAGUCAAGAGACAAGAAGGUGCUUUGAAAUUUGUGGUCAAGAUCGGCCAAAAUAGAUCAACAAGAAGCCAGGAGGUGGUUCAGGUAUUUCUACCAGACUUGACUGUGAAUUUCUGCACUGCAGUGUGCUUAUUAAUGCAAGAAUAAUGGUCUUGCUAUUCGGGAUACACGCUUAGUUAAAAUUUGCUUUAGAAUCGUGUUGUUCCUUUCAUUUGUUUGCUCAUUGCUUUGCUGUGGUGGGUGUUGUCACUCAAGUUGGAGAAUAUAUAAGACUGCAGUUUCAUUCAUCACAGAAAUCCCUUCCCAUAGCUGAAGUGUAAUAAGUUUCAAGUCAGAACACUAGGUGUCCUAAAAAUCCAUUUUGGCAUUGUCGAAUGCAUGCUGUUAUUAAAUGAAAAUGUCAAUGGCUAGAUGAUAAACCAUGUCAUAAGUAUUGUUAUGCUUAGUUAGUAGUCUUAACACCAUUUGUUUGAUUCAACAAAGAUGUUUAGUGGAAAAUUAAGCUCAUAUUUUCUAUAUUAGACAAAAUUUCAAUGGCAUUCAUAUUGCAUCUUGCUCAAGCAUUGGAAAUUUUCAUCCUAAGUGCUUCUUCCGAUUGUUAUAUCAUCCCAUGCUUCAUUGGUGAAAUCGUCGGUGCAGUUGUCUCGAUUAUGCAUGCUUAUAUGUUUGAGAUUGCCCUCACGAUAUAUUCAAUUAGGUCAGUGAAACACACGUGGUGUGCUUGUAUUUUCUGUUAUUCUGUGUAUGCCGUGGUGUAUGUCUUGCAAGUAAUCAUUGCUAUUUGUUCAUUCAAAAGAGUUAAUUUCAGAAUUUUUUAUCACAUCCAUUAGAAGGAUGGUUUUGUGGAGCUUUGGGUUUUGAGAGACCCAUGGGAUAUUUGCUACUUCAGCAAUAUUGGAAAACAACGAAAAUUAGAGAGCUUAAAACUGGAAGACACCACAAAUAUUUUCAAAAAUCUUACUUUGUUCAAAAAUUUGCUCGUUAUGCAGCAUUCAUUUGCGUACAUGCUGAAAUGUCAUGAUUUCUGCUCAUAUUUUGCCAGGUUUCUGAUGGCCAUUUUGAGAUGGUCAUGUUAUAUAUGUAGCAGCAGCAAUAUUUGGAGAACGUAUGGGUUCGUAUUGGUGGUGGAGGAAGUGUUCCGGCCUUCAUCAAUGUUUUUCUAUAUAUGUAUGGUUUGCCUUAAAGUGCGAGGAAAAAUAACGAAGCAGUGGUGUUUAAUUUUCAAGACUAAAUGAUAUUAUCAUAUUUACUUUCACAUAAUUGAUGGUAUUCUCAAGUCUAA